AUAAGGAAUUAUCAUCUACAUUUUUUUUGUUGCAAUUGUGAAAAGUAGUUAUUAAUUCGAGAUAUAAAUAUUGAUUUAUUUUAAAAUUACAUUUAUUAGUUUAAACAAAUUACAAAAUACACGAACGUCAACUUCGUAAAAAUGGCCAAGAAGACUUACGAUUUGCUUUUUAAACUGUUGCUUAUUGGAGAUUCGGGCGUUGGAAAAACUUGUAUCUUAUUCCGCUUUUCUGAUGAUGCAUUCACCUCAACUUUUAUAUCCACAAUUGGAAUUGACUUUAAAAUUAAAACAGUCGAAUUAAGAGGAAAGAAAAUAAAAUUACAAAUAUGGGAUACUGCCGGCCAAGAACGUUUUCACACAAUAACAACAUCAUACUAUCGUGGAGCGAUGGGUAUAAUGCUAGUAUAUGACAUAACAAACGAAAAAAGUUUUGAAAAUAUAGUGAAAUGGCUUCGGAACAUAGAUGAGCAUGCGAAUGAAGACGUUGAAAAAAUGAUAUUAGGCAAUAAAUGCGAUAUGACAGAUAAGCGCGUUGUCACAAAAGAACGUGGUGAAGCUAUUGCCCGUGAACAUGGUAUACGUUUUAUGGAAACUUCCGCUAAGUCAAAUAUAAACAUAGAACGCGCAUUUUGCGAACUUGCCGAAGCGAUUUUGGAUAAAACAUCUGGAAGAGAAGCAGCAGAAAAUCCUGAACGUGUCGUAGUGGAUCGUCGAAGCAAUGAAAAAAAUCCUGCUUACAAAAGUUGUUGCUCUUAAAUCGAAUAACAAUUUAAAGAACAAACUUUUCAAUUAAAUUAUUCAUAAAACUCCUAACUAUUGUAAUACCUUCAUAUAAAAUAUUUGCAUUUCUGUGGAAAUUAAAAGUACAUUAUUUUACAUCAAUUUGUAUAUUCUAUAUUAAUAAUGAAAGUUCUUGAAAAAAAAACAAAAUAGAUUUGUACCAAAAAAAAAAAAAAAAAUAAAUAAAUUUUGUAUGUUUUUAGUGACAAAGUUUAAAAUAAAAUUUGCCAAGACCGCUUCUGUAAAGCAAUUAUUAU